AUGGUUAGACUUCAACAUGAAGGAGAUGAAUUAAGACGUCGAUUAACUGUAUCUGCCAUGAUAAUUGCAUCGAUUCCAUUCUUAGCCUAUAUUACAUUCAUGCUCUACAUACUUUCUCCAAGAUUGAAUACAGACAUAGAAGAAACGAAAGAUUUACUUGUACCUGUAGUUCUUUAUACUAUUGUGAUCGUUGGUAUGGCUUACACGUCUUAUUUACGUGAUAGAAAGGCUAGUGGCUUUUGGUCUGUUUUUGCCGGAGCAGUAUUCUUCGUUUUGUCCGAUACGAUUUUAGCUUUUAACAGAUUUGUCCUACCUUUACCUACACCGGGCUUAUUUGUUAUGUUCACAUAUGGUAUAGGCCAAUAUUUAAUUACAAUCGGCACUUUACAAGUAACUGCUAAAGACUCGAAAGCUGCCUAG